CCCGUUGGUGGUUGCCAGGCAUUUAUCGAAGUGGCGCGGUCGGUAUCAAUUGCAGUAGCUGUCUUUGCCUCAGCUCUUAUCUCUACCUCUCUCCCUCCCACUUUCUUCCAUGCACAAGGUUACAAUUGAGUAUCAUCUGCGUUGUCUCAGAUUAAGACUCGUUUUGCCGGGAUUUUUCCCCCAACUCCUUAUUGCUUUACAUCAAGCUCUCUCUCAACUUUAAACAUCACGACUGAAAUUGAAUGUAUUUUUCUCGGUGGUACUUUGCCGGCUCCGGUCACCUCUCAAAGUCACCUGUGAUUGUGUUGUGGUGUAGCAGCUGGUUGAUCUGACUGUAGGGCAUCAUGACUACUGUGAAGGAGACAAACGCACCGAAAACGUCUCUACAGCAAGAGCAGGAGCUGGUUGGGAGUAACCCUCCUCAGAGGAACUGGAAGGGUAUUGCGAUAGCCCUGCUUGUCAUUCUGGUCAUCUGCUCCCUGAUCGUCACCUCGGUCAUCCUGCUGACACCAGGCGAGGAUGACAGCUUGGCCCUCAAGGGGAAACUGACCGUGGGGGACAUCUUCAGGAAGGACUUCAAGGUUCACGACCCUGAGGCCAAGUGGAUCAACAGUAAUGAGCUACUGUAUCGCACACAUGAGGGGGAUGUUGUCAGGCUCAACAUGGAGACGUAUGAGAGGACGGUACUGGUGCACAACAAAAAGUUUGAAAUGUACAAAGCCAGCAAGUAUGAAGUGUCUCCUGACAUGAAGCAUGUGCUGCUCGCCUACAACGUGGCACCGGUGUACCAGCACUCGUUCACUGCCUUCUACAUCAUCUGCAGCCUGGAGACUCCGGAGACAUGGAACCUGAACCCUCCAGAGGUACGGAACGCCCAACUGCAGUACGCAGGCUGGGGACCCAGGGGCCAGCAGCUGAUUUUUAUUUUUGAGAACAACAUCUACUACCGUUCGACGGUGGAGAGCCGAUCGAUCCGCCUGGUUUCCACCGGCAAGGAGGGGGUCAUCUUCAAUGGGCUCAGCGAUUGGCUGUACGAAGAGGAGAUCUUCCAGACCCAUAUUGCCCACUGGUGGUCUCCGGAUGGUGCCCGGCUGGCAUAUGCCACCAUCAAUGACACUAUGGUGCCCAGGAUGGAGAUCCCUAUGUUCACAGGAACUACUUACCCUACCGGGAGGGAGUAUCACUACCCUAAGGCUGGGGAGGAAAAUCCAGUCAUCUCUUUGUAUGUGGUCAACCUGAACGGGCCCCUGCACACCAUCGAGAUGAGGAGACCUGAAGACCCGAGGAUGGGAGAGUACUAUGUCACCAUGGUGAAAUGGGCGACUACCACCAAACUGGCAGUGAAUUGGUUAAACAGAGCCCAGAACAUAUCCAUGCUGACGUUGUGUCAAGCCACCACCGGCGUCUGCACCAAGAAACAUGAGGACGAAAGUGAAAGUUGGCUACACAGACAGAAUGAGGAGCCGCUGUUCUCCAAAGACGGUCUGAAGUUGUUCUUCACCAGAGCCAUCCCACAGGGAGGCAGGGGCAAGUUCUUCCACAUCUCCAUGUCCAUCACACAGCCCAACACCAGCACAGACACGCUGCAGUCCAUCACGUCUGGAGACUGGGACGUCACCCAGGUCCUGGCCUACAACGAGAACAUCCAGCUAAUAUACUUCUUGAGCACAGAGGACGAUCCGAAACGCAGGCACCUCUACAGUGCGGACACAGUGGGCCCUUUCAACAGACGCUGUCUCUCCUGUGACUUCUACGAAGGUUGUGGCUACGUCACAGGCUCCUUCAGCCACAGCAUGAGCCUCUUCCUGCUUAGCUGCAAAGGCCCUGAUGUCCCGUUUGUAGCAGUGUACAGCACACAGGACAGACAGAAGGUGUUUGACCUGGAGACCAAUGAGAAUCUGAGGAUGAGGCUGGACUCCAUGCAGAUGCCCCGCGUGGAAUACAAGGAGAUCAACAUUGAGGAUUACACACUAACGAUGCAGAUCCUCAAACCUGCCAGCUUUGUGGACUCAUCGCACUAUCCUCUGCUCCUCCUUGUCGAUGGCACCCCCGGUGGCCAGAUGGUGUCAGAGCAAUUCCACAUAGACUGGGCCACGGUGCUGGUGAGCAGCUUCGGGGCAAUGGUGGUUCGCUUUGACGGGCGGGGCAGUGGCUUCCAGGGGACCAACCUGCUGCACCGCGUCCAGAGGAAGCUGGGCGUGUUUGAGGAGAAGGACCAGCUGGAGGCCCUCAGUAUUAUAUCUAAAGAGCCAUAUGUUGACAAGACCAGGAUUGGAGUUUAUGGCAAGGUGUAUGGAGGCUACGUGACCAGCCUGUUACUCAGCGCCGAGGAUUCCCUGGUGAAAUGUGGUGCGGCUCUCUCACCCAUCACGGACUUUGACCUAUAUGCAUCAGCGUUUUCAGAGAGAUACCUGGGACAGCCCAAGCCUGACCCAAGAGCAUAUACGAUGGCCAAUCUAGCACACAGGGCAUCUCAGUUCUUGGACAAGAAGUUUCUGAUUGUUCACCCAACAGCAGAUGAAAAAGUGCAUUUCCAGCACACAGCGAAAUUCAUCGCCCAGCUGAUCAAUGAAAACGCCAACUACACUCUGCAGAUCUACCCAGACGAGGGCCACUUCAUCCACACCGAGGCCACGCGGCAGCACCUCAGCCAGUCACUGGUCAACUUCUUCGAGGAGUGUUUCCGGCUACCGGACAACGUGUUCGAGGAGAUACUGGAGGAGGAGAUCGAAGAAGAGGGUUAGCCUGGGCAAAACCAAUCCCCCCAAACCAGAGCUCCAGUCCGCGCCCAAGCACAAUGCCAGCCCCCAUACCUGGUUUCCACAAUCCACAUGAUAUGCAAGCUCCUCUUGGUUUAAACUUUCUUUGGCCCUUUUUUUGUUUUGUUUUCACCUUAUGUGAUUCUCCUGCAUUUCAGCAUGAUCAUCCCUGAGACUGCCACAUUGCAGAUCAUCCCUGAGACUGCCGCGUUGCAGAUCAUCCCUGAGACUGCCGUGUUGCAGAUCAUCCCUGGGACUGCCGCGUUGCAGAGCAUCCCAGAGACUGCCGCGUUGCAGAGCAUCCCAGAGACUGCCGCGUUGCAGAGCAUCCCAGAGACUGCCGCGUUGCAGAGCAUCCCAGAGACUGCCGCGUUGCAGAUCAUCCCUGAGACUGCCGCAUUGCAGAUCAUCCCUGAGACUGCUGCGUUGCAGAUCAACCCUGAGACUUGUGUUGCAUAACAUUCCUGAGACUGCCGUGUUGCAGAUGCUUGCUUAUCUCCUCAUCCCGUUUUUGUCCUCCUACUCCUCCUCUUCUUCACCUUUUGAGUCACCACGACUCCACCAGAGACCAUCUGCAGCCAUUUUGUUGACAUCGACACAAUGAAUACAACUUUAUGAUGGAGGGAUCAUUAGCUGACGUCAUAUCUGGAACAGCGGUCAGGAAUAGGCGUGCUCCUCGGAUUCCAAAUGACUGGUGAGAGGGAGGGAACAUCAAACUCCACACCCAAACUUUACCAGUCAGUGAGGAGAGGAAAGACUUAUAGCACAAACUUUGGGGUCAAAGUUACAGGUGCCACAUGGGAUUUUAUGGGUCAAACUGGUUCCAGCCCAGUGUCUGUGGGUCGAGGGUAGGGUGUCUGCUCCUAUUUUUAAAAUCGUGAAAAAACAUUUUCAUGUUGAACUGUGCUUGUGUAUGUUAUUCCUCUGUAAAGUAGCACAUGAAAAACAUUCCCUUCUUUGGGUAUUGAUACUUGAUACUCAGUGUUCAAGUUUGUCCUGAUCUUGGAAUCUUCUUGUAGCCGCAAGUACGUAUUUAAAUGGUGUAGACUCCAUGUCAUGAAAAGAAGAGAAGGAUGUGAACAGAAUCACCGGUUUGUUUUGUUACAAAAUGUUCUCCUCAUUCUUUGCUUAUUGUAUAAUACUCCCACCAGUCCUUUGGAAAUGUAAGCAUAUAUAUUAUAUUUUAGUCACUGUGCCUUACUUUGGGAGUGAGCAGUCCUUUUUAUGGACUCCUUUUGUGAAAACUAAAUACAACAUGGCUCAUUGUAAAUAAAUGUUCUGCUGAUCAUGGCACUAACUACUGUUGGUUAAACCUUCACUCUAAUCUGUGAACACUUUGUAAUGUAGUCAUAGAGUAGGUAUGGCAUUAUAUCAACAGUCAAGUAAGAAAUGGUCUUCUUCAGUUCCAAAUAUACCCAAUUGCCAAAAUAGAUGUUAACAGUAGCUGCAUGUAUCUGCACAUUAUUUUACAGAUGUUCAAAUGGUAAUGAAAUGGUUUGUCAAGCUAACGACCACAUAAAAUGAUGUUUUAGUAAAUGGCUAUUGAAGUGCCAUUACAACCGCUCUCAGUAUUAAGUCAAUUGGUGGGUUUGAGGUGCCACUGUAGAAUUGGUGUUGUUUUAUGGCAAAAAGUAAUACAUUUGUCUAUAAGGUAAUUAAUAGCUUAGAAUCAUUAUCUCAAUCUUCACAGGAUGAAAUACAAAGGAUUAUUUUUUAUUUUUUUUAGGUUGGACUGCUAUCUAAAAACGUUAAUUCUUGAGGCACAAGUCUGCAUUUUAUCUGAAUGAUCAUUCUGUUACUUUGUCAAUGCAUGUUAUCAAGUUAUUUGCAACUCAAUGCGAUCUGUGAUAGCUGUUUCAAAAUAGUAUUUUUUACAUCUUGAAUGUUCCGUACUGGGUUGAAUUACAUUUACAGUAGUAUCAUGAUUGAGAUCCCAGUCUCUUCAGCUUGAUGUGUAAAUGUUACUCAAAUAUCAUUUGUCUUUUAAUAGCUGAGUGUUAUUUGUGCAUAAAUGCAUUUUGAAAGUUACAUUUGAAUAUACAUUUUCCCCCCUUCUGUUUCAGUCCUUGGGUUGAGUUUAAAGUGGACUUUGCGAUGGUGACAUUUCUGACACUGCGAUUGAACGUGAAGAUGGACUUUUGUCAAGUAAUCCAAAAUAGUACAAGAGACAGCGUGGCAGUAUGUGGCAUGGGGGUAAAUGUUAGAAUAAAACGUAUUUUAUCAUUGUACUCUGUAGUUUAUCUAUUUUGGUUGUUAUUGCAAAAUUGUGAAUGUUCUCUACUUAAUUUAUCCACUUUAUUGUAAAAGACAAAAAAAAAUGCAUCCUCAAGCGUUUACUCAAAUCAACCAAAUGUCUUGUUGUAUAAUAAAACAAUAAGAUGAGAAAUCAA